UUAAGAUCAACUAUGAGUUUGUUGUCGCGCAGGUGAUGUCUGAACUAGAGAAUCCAAUUCUAGUAGAACUCAGAGGUGUUAUAGCUGGAAAGAAAGGGAUCAUUUGUGAAAGUGUAUGUUCAGAGUUCAAGGAACUUGUUUUGAUGUGCGGAGGGCCUAAUGAGAAGUUACGGGCAGAUCUUUUAAUUAAACAUCUUCUGGUUGUGCCAGACAAUCCUUCAGAACGUGUAGCAGUUCUUCCAACAACCAGAAAGAUUGCUUCAAAGAACAAAAUCGUAUUCGGAACUGGGGAUUAUUGGCAUGCUCCUACUUUGACAGCAAACAUGGGAUUUGUGAGAGCUAUCUCACAAACCGGUAUGUCUUUGUACACUAUCGAACAUAGGCCCCGUGCUCUUACUGGUGACUAGUCUUCCUGGUGACUAGUCUUCAACACCAUCGGUGUCGAAAUGCAGAGUAUAAAACACAUUGCAAGAGUUGAGGCCACAUUAGAUUUCAGUAUAGGCACCUUGAAAGUUAUUUUAGUAGAGGCCUUUAGAAGCAUUAAACCUUGACUCUGACGCAAGCCUGUAACAUGUUAGUAAACAAUUUCUCUUAAAUUGUACAUUCUUAUAAUUCUGUUUA